AUGCCUCCGAGAUCAAAACAACAAAAUAAACGGCCCACACACUUUGUUUGCCUCCCUUUGGUCACGGAUGAAUCUAUACCGCAAUUAUCCCAGUCGUUGGCUUAUUUCAGAUCUAUCACGACGCCUUUGAAUGACGAUGCCGUGGAUACUGAAUCAGAUAGCCAGACACCUCAACCCCCAGCGAUUUCAGACUCGGGAGAGGCAGCGCGGGUUCAAGAAAAGCCGGCCGCGCCGGGAGAUGAUGAAGCUAGAAGAUCAGAUUCAACAAAAGCAGAAUCAUUUCGGAAUCUCCGAUUAGUCCCACCCGCUGCACAUCGGCCUCCAGGGACGUUCCACCUCACGCUGGGAGUCAUGGACCUUUCUGAUGCAGAGGACUUCAACAAGGCAAUCCGACUGCUUCAGGAGAUUGAUUAUGAGGAGUUGCUUCGAGAAGCGGGGCGGGGUCCGCGAGAGAGACGGGAUGAAAGUGGAAGAAGAAAUAAUGGGCAAAAGGCAGAGACCAAGGUCGCGAAGAAUGUCCGUGAAGAACGGGGAGACGAGUCGGAGAGUGAACGUUCUGAAACGGAAACGAAAGGCACGCUCAAAGACAUCGCGGAAGCCGUGCUCAGUCGUCCUCUCAAAUCUCUCACUCGAGCGAUCUCACCACCAGACGGCAGCCGCAACGGCGAUGCACAAUCUGGCUCUGAAAAUCAAAAACGACCCUCCGAGCCGCGGGAGCCACUAUCUCUUACUCUCCAUGGCCUCGGCACAUUUCCUCGUCCCAGCAGCAGUCGCGUCUUCUACGCCAGCCCAUAUGAACCGACGUCUCGGCUUCAGGACUUCGCGGUAGCGAUACACAAACGCUUCCGAGAUGCAGGUCUGAUCCGGGACGCGCGGCAGCCGCUGGUGCUGCAUGCGACGGUGGCCAAUUUGAUCUACGUAAAAGGACGCGGCGGGGUGAAGGGGACACGGUAUGGAGGCAAAGGGAAAGUCCAUGAAGAGAAGCUAGAAGGACACGUGGACGCGCGAGAGAUCUUGAGGUUUUUCAAUCAGGGGUACGCCACCAGUCCCAUUCCCGUCCUGGAUCCGGUCGACGAGAAUGAGUCACGGCAAGAAGACAUCGAACUUGCCGCUGAAAUGAAGACCCCGAUACGGAAGGACGCCUUUAUCUGGGCGCGCAAUAUCCCCGUCGACAGGAUCCGGAUUUGCAAGAUGGGCGCGGAAAUAUGUGACAUCGAAGGCUGGGGUUUGGAGUACCCGGCUGUGGCGGAGAAAGUCUUUGGGCGUUGA